AUGUCAUCGAAUCGGCUAAUUUGCUUUGGCCUCCUCUUCCUGCUGACUUUCGGCCACGUGACGUCACAGCGCACGUCACUGGACGAGGCUCUGAAGAAUCUCUACAGACCGCUGCGUCUUCUGGGCCUGGCCUUUGCCGGACGAUCCGGCGACGAUCCACAAAACGUGCAGCGCGUGCAAAUCGCGGGGAAAACCCAGAAGUCGAAUCCCCGUACGCGAGCCUUGUUGGAGUUCUGCGAUGCGGAGCACGGACCCGGAAAAAGGAGCCAGGAGCGACCGACCAGUGUGCACCGCUUGCGACCCGGGGACAUCGAUGUGAUUGGAGCAAUGGGUGACUCCUUGACCGCCGGAAACGGAAUCUUCGCCACGAAUAUACUCCAUGUGACCGUGGAGAACCGGGGCGUCGUGUGGUCCAUUGGGGGUCAGUACGACUGGCGGAAGUACCUCACGCUGCCCAACAUCCUGAAGGAGUUUAACCCCAACCUGUACGGAUACGCGAUCAAGGACGGCAUCUCCACGGACCGCACAUCCCGCUUCGACGUCGCCGAACUGGCCGCGAUGUCCAGGGACAUGCCCUACAUGGCCAAGGUCCUGGUGCGGCGCAUGCAGCGGGAUCCCAACGUAAACAUGACCGCCGACUGGAAGCUGAUUACCCUCUUCAUCGGCAACAACGACUUUUGCGCGGACAUCUGCUAUUAUCCGGAGCCGGAGAAGACAAUCGACUGGCACGAAAAAAAUAUGCUGAAGACCUAUCGUUACCUCAGGGACAACGUGCCCCGCCUCAUGCUGAACAUAGUGCCCGCCCCCAAUCUGCGGUUCCUGACCAACCUCUCGGGUCUGCCGCCCAACUGCUACACCACUCUCCGCUUCGAGUGCCCCUGCCUGAUGGGCAAGGGCAAGGGGCAGCUGGACUACCUGGAGGGCAUCAUGAAGCGCUGGAUAGCCAAGGACUCGGAGAUCGCCAAUAGGGAGGAGUUCAACACCGAGACCUUUACGAUAAAUGUGCAGCCGUUUUCGCAGUUCCAGGACUUCCCCCGCACGCGCUCCGGGAAGACGGAUACUCGCUUCUUCUCGGAGGACUGCUUCCACCUCAGCCAGCGGGGACACGCCGCUGCGGCCAACGCCAUAUGGAACAACAUGCUGGAGCUUCCCGGGGAGAAGAGUGGGUUCCCCACCCAGCUCUUCGAGACCUUCCGCUGCCCCAGCAAACAGCGUCCGUAUCUCAUCACCCGGGAGAACAGUCGUCCGGAGUUUGUGAUCUAAUCCGAAGUGGUGCCCGCCUGCGCUCCGCCGUGAAUUACUCCCUGUGAUAUCGCUCCUAAGUCUUCUUUCCAAGUUUGCCCAUAUAUUUGUAGUGUAAAUUAGCCACACACUAAGUGUAAAUAGUCGACGAUUAUCAGCAAGUCAAAUAAAAUGUUAUUCUUGAAUUA